AAAUCAAAUAUUAUAACACUAUCGGCUUCUCUAAAACCCUAAUCCCUUUUCCCUUCCACACAGAAACCCCCCUUUCUCUUCUUUCUGCGCCAAUUUCCAUACAUAGCAGAGAUGGGAAGCGAUAGCGAGACUGAUAAAACAGCGCAGAAAGUGAGGGAGAAGAAGCAGAUGUCGGCUCUUGCACCCAUCGCCAAACCGCUCGCCGGAAAAAAGCUCUCCAAACGCACCCUCAAGCUUGUUCGUCGAGCGGCGGAGCAGAAGUGCUUGAAGAGAGGAGUUAAGGAGGUGGUCAAAAGUAUUCGUCGCGGCAAUAAAGGGAUAUGUGUUAUAGCAGGGAAUAUAUCACCCAUAGAUGUCAUCACUCAUGUUCCAAUCUUGUGUGAAGAAGCUAACAUACCGUAUGUCUACGUUACAUCAAAGGAAGAUCUUGCAAAUGCAGGGGCCACUAAGCGUCCGACUUGCUGUGUGCUGGUGCUAACAAAGCCGGUCAAGGGUGAACUCGGUCAGGAGGAACAAGAGAAACUGAAGGGAGAUUAUGACCAGGUUGCUUCAGACUUGUCUGAACUGGCUAACUCCAUGUUUUGAGAAAAUCAGUCAUUGUAUCAUCAAGGUUGUAUUUUAUAUUAGUUUAUGCAAAAUUAAUUGCAAUUAUCAUCCAGAGUAGUGUUUGGAAACAUGGAUUUAAGUACUAAUUUUUAUUGAUUUUCUUGUUUAAAACAUUGGAAAAUGUACAUGUGAGAUUUGGUAUUUUCA